CCUUGAAUCCUGGAUUUCCCUGCUCCGAUUUCAUCUUCUUGGCGUCUUCAUCUCUGGGACGAACCCUUGUUUUCUGUAUAUAUGUAUAUAAUAAUAGUCAGCCCGCAAUCGUUUCUGUGUUAAUUAGCUGGGGGCCAGAAUUUGGUUGGAUUACUACUAUUAGUCCUGAUGUGAAGGUAUUAUUAUAUACGUCAAUCUUUUGCUGCUGCUGCUGCUGCUAAUAUUUGGUUUCGUGCUGCUUCGUUAAUCGUAUUUUGUUUUACUUUUUCGCCAAUCAUUGAGUUUAUAAUCCUUGUAGCUAUUGAGUUUAAUAUCAGGCCGAAAUCUUGCUGCUGGAUAGGAUGGCAGAUUGUCCUUUCCUGAAUUUCUUAAUGGAAUAGUAAUCCUUAAUCACGGUGCAAUCUUGAUAGUUUAGGCAACAGUAGAUAAACUAGGAUACUCACCAAAAUUAGGGAAUUGGUACUAAUUAUAUAUCUUUUAUCUAAUUGUAACCGGGCUAUGCUACUCUGGGUGCUGCAUCUUCUUCGCGUGUGCGCCACCCGUAUCUACUCCCAUAGCGCUGGUCCAUAACAAGGGUGAGCAAAUCAACCAGGAGAUGGAAACCAUCCAGGCGCUAGAAUUGGGAGUUGAACAGAAAAAGUCAGAACCAGAGGUUGAUGAGAUGCCAGGAUCCAUGGAGGAUCAAAAGCCUGCGGAAAUAAGCCAGGACAAAGUCGCGGAAACUGAUAUUAAACCAGCAGUACAAACUGAGCUGGAGACAAGUCCAGUGGCUAAUCCAAACCCUGCAGAAACAAACCAGUACACAGAUGGGGUAACUUAUGGUGACCUAGAAACCACUGAUCCAGGCACUACUUACCGCUGCAAAAGAUGUCGCACACUCGUCGCUACUGAAGGCUAUGUUGUUACCCACAAAGUUGGUCGUGGUGAGAAGUGCUUCGCGACGCGCAAAAAGUAUCAUGUGGAUGAGAAGGAACCCGAAUGUACCUGCCUCUUUGUGGAGCCCUUGAAGUGGAUGCAACCUGUGGUGGAAGGAUAUAUUUCAGGGAAGAUCGCGUGCAGGAAAUGCAACAGCCGAUUGGGACAAUUCCACUGGGCAGGAAUGCAGUGCAGCUGCGGAGCCUGGGUGAAUCCAGCUUUCCAGCUGGUCAAGAGCAAGAUUGAUCAGUGUGAGAUGUGAUCAGUCGGGUGACUCAACUUCAACUUCAUUAUCAGUGACAUCGCAAUCAUACCCAGCUGUAGGAAACAUUAUUAUUUCCUUCUGAAGCUUCUAUAGGCACUCUGGUAGUAAGUUUUGCUGUCUACUAAAUGUAAGUCUUUGCAGUCCGCACCAUUCAGAUUCAGUGUUUCCUUAGUUGCAUCAUCUUGAUGAAAAUAAUGGGAACAUAUCAGGCAAGAAAUUUUCUUUACAUUUCUGAAGUAAACGAACUUCACACUGCAUUACGAUUGCAAA